GGCCGCAGAGACUGUCUUCCGUGGGAGGCCGCGCGAGCGCCGCUUUCCCCCGCGUGUGCGCGGCCGCCGCUAGAGGGAGCUGUGCUACAGAGAGCGGGAGGGAGAAGGCAGAGGCGCUGCCGCAGGAGGCGAGAGACCCCCCCCCACACCCACCCCAGCUCUUUCUUCAACUCAGGCUGCCCCCCUCCUCCUCAGCUCUGCGCUGCCGCUGUCAGUAGCGGCGGCCGGACGAGCCGCGGAGCCCCCCCUACAGCCCGGCUGCCGUCCGGGCUAGCGCACAGCCCCGCCGCGGAGCAGAGGCGGCGGGGACCGGGCUGCUGCGGGGUUCCAGUGCUCCUCCUCCUCCUCCGUCCACCCACUCACCCACCCAGCUGUGUUAGUCGUCUUCACGGCUGGCUUUGCUGCCGCUCGCCUCCCCGCGGGUUUUGGUUUCCCUUUUGCCGUCAGUUUCCCCUUGGGCACUGACCGGUGGGGUGCCAAUUUGAAGGAACCCACGAGCGGAGAGGGGGAGCAGCUGCGCGCGGCGGAAGAGCGGCAAGGUAGCUCGCGGGGAGGCGUGGAGAUCCCCUCCCGACCAGCCCCAUCAAACCAUCCGGUAAGAAAGUAAAGAAGCCAGCGAGGGUGACAGCGACUCGCCGGGAGGCGGAGGAGGAGAAGCAGCGCGUCUUCUCUCCCGUCUCGCCUCCUUUCCGUCCCCGCUCUUCCCAGCCCCUCUCUUCCUCCGAGGUACCGGCAGGAGCAGCCUGGACUCAUGAUGGCUUCAACCCCUACCUGCACCAGGUUCACCGACGAGUACCAGCUCUUCGAGGAGCUUGGAAAGGGGGCGUUCUCAGUGGUGAGAAGAUGUGUGAAAAUUCCUACAGGACAGGAGUAUGCUGCCAAAAUUAUCAACACCAAAAAGCUGUCUGCUAGAGAUCACCAGAAAUUGGAAAGGGAAGCUAGAAUCUGUCGCCUUUUGAAGCACCCUAAUAUUGUGCGGCUUCAUGACAGCAUAUCAGAAGAAGGAUUCCAUUACUUAGUCUUUGAUUUAGUCACUGGAGGUGAACUGUUUGAGGAUAUAGUUGCAAGGGAAUAUUACAGUGAAGCAGAUGCCAGUCAUUGUAUACAGCAGAUUCUAGAAAGUGUUAAUCAUUGUCACCUAAAUGGCAUAGUUCACAGAGACCUGAAGCCUGAGAAUUUACUUUUAGCUAGCAAAUCCAAGGGAGCAGCUGUAAAAUUGGCAGACUUCGGAUUGGCUAUAGAAGUUCAAGGAGAACAACAGGCUUGGUUUGGUUUUGCUGGUACACCAGGAUAUCUUUCACCAGAAGUGCUACGAAAAGAUCCUUAUGGGAAGCCAGUGGACAUGUGGGCAUGUGGUGUCAUUCUCUAUAUUCUCCUUGUGGGAUACCCUCCUUUCUGGGAUGAAGACCAGCACAGACUCUAUCAGCAGAUCAAGGCUGGUGCUUAUGACUUUCCCUCACCAGAGUGGGAUACAGUGACUCCUGAAGCCAAAGACCUCAUCAAUAAAAUGCUUACCAUCAACCCUGCCAAACGAAUCACAGCAUCAGAGGCACUGAAGCAUCCAUGGAUAUGUCAACGUUCUACUGUGGCCUCUAUGAUGCACAGGCAGGAGACUGUAGAUUGCUUGAAGAAAUUCAAUGCAAGAAGAAAACUAAAGGGGGCCAUUCUGACAACUAUGCUGGCUACCAGAAAUUUCUCAGCAGCAAAAAGUUUACUGAAAAAACCUGAUGGAGUCAAGAAAAGGAAGUCCAGUUCGAGUGUUCAAAUGAUGAUAAACAACAAAACCAACGUGGUAACCAGCCCCAAAGAAAAUAUUCCUACCCCGGCGCUGGAGCCCCAAACUACAGUAAUCCACAACCCUGAUGGAAAUAAGGAGUCAACAGAAAGUUCCAAUACGACUAUUGAAGACGAAGAUGUGAAAGCUCGUAAGCAGGAGAUUAUCAAGGUUACUGAGCAGCUGAUUGAAGCUAUCAACAAUGGGGACUUUGAAGCUUACACGCUGAUUUGCAUGAGGUCAUAUGCCUUUGAGGUCAAGCAUGCUCUGCAGUAGGGCAAACUGGAUGGAGGAUAAGGAACCUUUGUUCUCGGUUAACAUGAAAGAAAUAGAAUGCCACCUCAUUUAAAUCUCAGAGUGGGAGGGCUGUUUUAUUGUUUGUGUUAAUUGUCAAAACAGUGGACAUUAAAAUGACAAAUAGUAUUUUUGUGAGAAAAGUCUCCAAUUAGAAGUUUUCCAUCAUUCAUGGAAAACAAGACCCAUGGGAAUAAAUCAGCUUUAUGAACUCAGCUCUACUUGCCAUAAGAGAGGAAAAUCUGGAAAGGAAAAAAAAAGGUUGGCAGGAAUGGGUGGUUCUUCUUUGAGUAGUGUCCCCAUGGGUGCUCUACUUCAGGUGCAUGUGCACCCUAUGCACCUUGAUCAGAGAUUUUCAUUAGCAGUGUCCAUUCAGCCCACGCAUGCACCGCUGAUAUCUUCAUGCCCUUUAUUGAGUAUGGGCGAACCGCCCUCAGUUCCUUCUCAAUUGCCUCAGCUUGAGAUGGAGUUUAGCAUCUUUGCAUUGUGCAUGCCUCACCUGUUCGCUGAGUUUGUUCUACUUAGUUUAGCUAGUUAAGUUGUUAGUAGCAGUAUUUAGUUAUUGGCUAUUGAAAGAUCAUUUUAUUUCCUCUGGGGAAAUCCUCCUUGUGAGGGGCAUGCCCAGUUCAUCAGGGUUUAAACGUUGCCUCAUGUAGAGAGGCUGUAUCACUCAGCGACGGACACUCUAACUGUGUUUGCUCCCUGGAAGCGUCACACAUUCCACAGAAGCGUAACUUCGUUUAGCCCUCAAAUCCAAGGCUUGGAAGAACUGGGAAAUCAAGCUGCAAUUGUUAAUGAUGGAUUGCUCUCUUCACUCCCCUUUGAAACUAGGUCAGGAGAACUCCGCUGUACAUCAGUUCCUGGGGAUCUCUUGUGCCCCUUCAACUUCAGCGCAACACUCUUCUAGAAAGGGAAAGCCUGAAUCCUCCUCUGAAUAUCCUCAGAGGAGCUCUAAUUUUCCUCUUAAGGAACCCACCUCAAAGAGACUUCACUUUUUGACAAGGUAAACGGCCUCAGAGACUUAAUCCUCAAAGCUUGGUACCAUUGAGACGAAGGGCUUCUCCAGUACCAGUGAAGCGGGAAAGUUCCACAGCUCUAAGAGUAAACAUGGAUCCUCUUCUCUCUAUGCCAAAGCAAUAAGGUUAUGGAACUGGUAUAUAAAACAUUGCAUAAGAAUUUCAGCAACGUAUCUCUUGGGCAGGUAAAAUGUCACAGCUGAUGCUCUCAGCAGGUUUUUUCCCCCACGAUUACAAAUGGGAGUUGGAUUCCCAGGUUCUUGUUGGCAUACUUGAAACUUGGGGAUUUCCAGAAGUGGAGCUUUCUAUCACAGCUUCGAACAAAAAGUUCCAUCUGCUCAUUUUCAAGGGGAGGUUUAGGUCCCAUUGGGAGAUGCCUUUCUCCUCACUUGGAUGAAGAAGCUGUUUAAUGGUGUUUUCCCCCGAUGCCUCUGAUUCUCAGAGUGGUGAAGAAAAUUAGACAGGACAACACCAGAGUUAUUCUAAUAGCCCAAAUGUGGUCACGGCAGGCAUGGUUUCCUUUAGCCUAGCUCUUUGUCCAGCAACAGAUAUUCUAAUGAUUCCUUAGCUUCUCUUCCAGAGUGCGAGUCAACUGCUUCAUCCCAAUCUGAGCAUUCUCUGCCUCAAGGUGUAGUUUGCGGGGUUAGAAUCUGUCUGUUCUGCAGAAGUACAGCAGAUAUUAUUAAAUAGUAAGACAGAUUCUACAAGAUAUACUUUCAGAAGUGAAGAAGAUUCAGUCACUAGUGUGAACUCCAGAAUGUUGCCCUUGCAUUGAAUAUUACUUGGUUCUCUCAAGAUUCAUUUGGCUGCCUUACUGGGUUUUCCACCACUAUUGAGGGGAUCUAUCUGUUUGCUCACCCUACAACCAUAAGGUUCAUAUGAAGAGUCUGGGCAAUCUCUCUUCCCACUGAUGGAAAGUCCCCACCCCAAUUUGGAAGCUAAGUUUGGUUCCUAAAAGUCUCCUGAAAUCUCCUUUUGAACUGAUGGUAACUUGCUCCUUACUGUAUUUGUUUAUGAAAAUAGUUUCCUUAGUGGCUAUUACAUCAACUGCAGAGUCAGAGAGACUGAAGCCUUAAUAGCAGACCCUCCUUUUACGGUGUUCUAUAAGGAAAAAGUUUCCUUAUGACUACACUCCAGGUUUCUUCCUAAAGUGUCUUCUGAGUUUCAUUGGAACCAAAUCAUUCACCUACAAGUUUUCUUUCCAAAAACCAUAAUUCCAACGUGGAAACUACCUUCCUCACUCAGUGUCAGGAGGGCAUUAGCCUUCUAUCUACACAGGACUAAAUCAUUUUCUAAAUCUCCUAGACUAUUCUUUUUGUUUGCAGACAGAUAAAGGUUGUGCUUUUUCUACCCAAAGACCAUCAAAAUGGAUUUCUGGGUGUAUUAUUAGUUUGUUACAGUCCUGCCAGCAUUCCAAUCCCUGCUUGAUGAGGUCACAAUCUACAUCUUUGGCUCUACUUAAAAAUGUCCCAGUAUUUGAGAUCUGCAGAGUUGCUACAUGGUCUUUGGUGUACAUACCUUCUCCAGGUACAGCGCUUUACUUGAUGCCUCUAGAUCUGAUGUGGCAGUUGGCAAUGCAGUUCUUUCCUCUGUGCUGGACUCGAUUCCAAAGCUCCCUCCUCUUUAUGGGAAUAUUGCUCAGGAGUCACCUGAAGUGGAGCACCCACAGGGACACUACUCGAAGAAGAAAGAGAGAUUACUCACCCUGAGCAGUAACUGUAGUUCUUUGAGAUGUGUCCCCCUAUGGAUAAGGCUAAGAUUUAGUCACGGGUAUUUUUGGUAAAAAUCAUAGACAGGUCACGGGCAAUAAAUAAAAAUUCACGGCCCGUGACCUGUCCAUGACUUUUACCAAAAAUACUUCUGAGGCCCUGCUGCUCUGGGAAGACCUUGUGGUGGGGGGGCCUACUCCAGUGCUGGGGGUUGACUACCCCCCGACCGCUGCUCCCAGGGACCAACAUCCAGGCGCCCCUAGGGCCGCUGCUGCUCAGGCAGUCUCCAGGGCACCCCCAGGACCUCUGUGUGGGCACUCUCUGGUGCCACUGUAGCCAGCUGCCUGGGACAGCCUGAGCAGUGGCCAGUGAGGCUGGCUGCGGAGCAGCCCCGAGGACCGCUGCUCGUGCGCUCCCCAGGGCCGUCCCCAGAACCAUUGCUCAGGCGGUCUGCAGGACAAGCCGCACCAGCUGCUGCUUGGGUGGUCCCCGGAGCCAGCUGCCUGGGGCCUCCUGAGCAGUGGCCAAUGCGGCUGGCCCCGGGGACUGCCGGAGCAGCUGGUCCUGGGUCACUCCAGCAGUGGCCAGUGUGGCUAGCGGUGGGGCACCUGAACAUCUGGCCCUAGGGCCAGUUGCUCAGGCAGCUUGAAGUCAGCCACACCAGCUGCUGCAGAAGUCACCAAAUCCGUGACCUCUAUGAAAGAAUCGCAGCCUUACCUAGGUGUGCCCCACUACCCGCCCUCCUUCCUCUCCGCUUCAGAGUUUCCUUCUGAGACUCGGCAGUGGAGAAGGAACUGAGGGCAGUUUGCCCACGCAGUCUGACAUAAUCUCGGUGCAGGGCACAAGUUAUUAACAGUGCAUGCGAGGGCCAACAGACACUGCCAAUGAAAAUCUCCCAUGAAAGGCGCACACCGAAGUGGAGCACCCAUAGGGACACACAUCUUGAAGAACUACAGCUACUGCAUACAGUGAGUAACCUCUCUUUCUAUUCUGGACCUUAAUAUUCGAGUUGAUAGACUGCAUUUCUUCAAGCUUUCUUUUCCACAUGACUAGGUAUAGCACUCAUUUUACCAUUCCUGCCCCUUCUGAAGUCUUUCCUCAGACAUCCUCAGACAUAGUCUCUCCUUUCCUGUUAAACUUUCUGCUCCAUAGUUGCCUCUGAUAUAAAGAUCCUCCAAUUUUCCCUCAACGCCAUCAUAAUCAUCACUUAGAGCAGGGGUUGUCAGGACACAUUUUUCCUAAAAUACUUAAUUAGCUUUAGGAAAACCAAAUAAAUAUGCACAUAUACAUGUCCAAAUCACUGAAAUUUAUUUAUUGCUAGCUAGUAAGUCUGUUGUGAAAAGUGAUAUUUACAAACAUACAAGUAUCACUUUUCACAACAGACUUACUCAGCCCUGGCAAGCCUGGGGACAAAUUAAGCCCUGGAUGGAGGGUCACGGUAGGCAGUGGGGG